ACACACCUUCAUCAUGCAGGUCCUGCAGGCUGAGCACAUGGAGCAGUGGGCGUGAGAGACUUUUAUUUCCUCCUCGCUGCUUUAUUUUGAAACGCGCACACACUCUGUGGACAGAGGAGAGAGGACAAACUCGUUUCCACUCUGCAUAAAUUCAACAGCAGCCUGUUCUUCUCAUUCACUUUGAUUUUUGACUUUAAAAAGUGAAGUCAUGGUCCUGCCUGCUCUGUGUCAAACAGCCUUCGCGGUGCUCCGGCAGAUCGAGCCCAUUCUCGUGCUCGAACAGCUGGGCAGCACUCUCUUCGACACCGCCCUGCAGAUGGUGGUCAGGGACCGGUGUGUGAACGCCACAUACCCCGAUACCCACCUCUCCAGGGAGGACAGCCAACAGAAAGCCAUGACGGACUUCUACAUGACAUACAGCCUCAUCAUCCAGCUGACCCCGAUCCUGCCUGCGCUGCUCCUGGCCAGGUUAAGCGACCGUGGCUGGAGGAGAAUGCCUAUUGUGGUGCCCCUGAGCGGUUACUUGCUGUCCAGGUUGGCCCUGCUCCUGGUGGUCCUCCUCCAGCUCCCGCUGGAGGUGAUGUUCGGCGCGGCGGUUGUCUUCGGGCUGUCCGGCGGCUUCUCCGCUUACUGGCCCGGUGUCAUGACGCUGGCGUCGCUCAGCUCCACGAAUACUGACCGGUCCCAGAUGAUGAUGAGAGUGGAGCUGCUGUACGGGAUGGCAGGGCUGGUGGGCAGCCUGGCGUCGGGUCAUCUAUUCCUGCUGUACACCUCCACUUUGGGAAAUGGGACCAUCCUGCUCAUUGUGAGCACACUGCUGCACCUGCUCAGCCUCAUAUUCUCCAUAGUCCUGCUGCAGGUGAAACAACUGCCCAGCCAAGUCCCAGUAGAUGAGGACUGCCAAGUCUUUUCUCAGGCCUCCAGCGAUGUUCCUGUGGCGACUCCUGCUAGGAUAAACAGGGUGAACUUGGCUCUGCUGUUUGCAGCUGCUGUUCUGUACAGCGCUGCAGUGGGUGGAGCCAUUGAGAUACUGGGCGCCUUUGUGAUGAAAGAACCGCUCAGCUGGAGUGCCACUCAGGUGGGUUAUGGGAACGCUGCGGGCUGCAUGAUUUUUCUCACCAGUUUCCUCGGUGUCUUUGUGUUCCGUCGCUGCGUCAGCGAUGUGAUGCUCAUCCUGAUCGGCAUGGUGUCGUUUGCCUCGGGAAUCUUCUUCAUGUCCUUCGUCACAGAAACCUACAUGUUCUACCUGGCUCGCUCCCUCAACCUGUUUGCUCUCAUCCCGAUGCCCACUAUAAGAUCUCUGCUCUCACAGCAGGUUCCAGCAUCCUCAUGUGGCACCACUCUCACGUCCCUGCAGUUGUCUCUGAAGUUUGCUGGUCUGGCGUAUAUCCCUGCCUUUACUAAGAUCUAUCAGGGAACACUGGGCUGGUUCCCAGGCUUCGUCUUCACACUGUCCAGCAUUAUUACAGUACUGGGAAUGAUACCGAUCAGUAUCGUCGGCUGUAGAUCCCCUCAGCGGCGUCAUUACGAGAGGAUUCAGGGAGACUGAAGGCACCAACGUCAUUGCCAGCAGUGAGUUAGCGUUGGUAUGAGGCAAACGGGAACUGAGACUUGAAAUGGGCAAAAGGAGGACGUUGCCUUUAAUCCCACUUCUCUAAUGUUAACAGGCACUGCAGAAGCUUUUACAGGCUUUGGGUGUUACAGGAGGAACAGACGGCGUGUUUUAUGAGCAUUUUAUACUGAAUGAAGCCUACACACAUUCAUAUGUGCACAGAGCCAAGUGCACACAUGAAUGUUCAAGUUCAAAAUCUUUUGACUCAUCAACUGAAGCCACGUCCACGUCAACACACCCAAUGUGAUUUCAACAUAAUGUAGAUUUGUCAUUGGAUGUGUCAGAUAUAAAAAAAAGCCCCUUGUGAGCGCCAACUAUGGAGGAGCAUGAACUAAAAAAAUGAUUUAAAUAAGUUUCCUGUCGUGAACUGGCUCAAACUGGAUCCCAUUCAAUUCUCAGCCAUAAAUAUAUUGAUAUAUUAAUAGCAAUAUAUUUGAUAUGUCAAAACUAGACUCAUACAGGAUUAUAAAGUUUGACACAGCUUGGAAUUUAAAUUGAUAAAAAAUGAUCAUGUUCUGAGAUGUGUAGACUUACAUGGUGAAUUCUGAACCUGCAGGUCAGGAAACGCUGACAGAGAAAAUGAGAAGUAUGUUUUCAAAAUUACAUUUGUCGACAUCGAUUAUGAUUUCUAAUGACAACGUUUACAGUUGUAUGUGUUUAUUAAUUUUGCAUUUUAUUGUAAAGGACUUUGAACUGCACUAACCAAUAUGAAAGGUACUACACUGUCUCUAGUAUAUAUUUUAAUCUCAGUGUGUAUUAGCCUGUUGAUUAGCUUUAUGGUGGAUCUGAAAGGGAAGACAAUGCAGCUCGCAUUAUUUUUUAUUAUCAUUUUUACUCAAUGCAUUCAUUUAUUAGUGCACUUUUAUUUGUUGACAUUUUAAAAAGCACCACACAAAUGGGAUGUUGCCAAGGUUAUCACAACUAAGGUUCAAUUUAUGUUGGUGUAUAUUUUUCUUGAUUCCUGUUUGAGGUUUUUAAUUGAUCUGAAACUAACUAAAUGGAAUGUGUUUUGAAAUUCACUUUAAUUCUGUAAAUAAAAAAGGUGUGAAUAAUUUUGAAUGUUUUUUUUUAGUUUUGCAUUUCAUGUUUUCGUUACGUCUUCGCAAUGAUCAUUAUUAUUAUUACUAUGUGUUUUCAUCAAAUAUCUGCUUAUUUUUGUGCACCAACAAUACAUUUCAACCAGUGAAGACAAAUAAAAAAGUUACUGAAGAAAAACAAAUCAGACAUAUGAGCACACAAGUAUCAAAUGCACUCAUUCUUUGUAUUAUUGGUCCGAUAUAUCCAAAAAAAUUAUUUGAGGUAAAGAUAAAUUGCAUCAAAACGACAUCAAUAUACAAGCUUAUUUAUAAUUACAACAAGAUGUUAUUGACAUCCAAAUGUACAAUAAAAACUCUGAACGUAAACAGUACACACUGGGGAGGAAAAAAAAUAGAGACCAAAGCUAGAUUCACACAUUCAUAAAUCGUCUUGACUUUUAGCCUUUCGCACAGGUUUGAUUGGUCAGUUUUAUCCUGCGCUGCAAAUCAGACCUUCUCUUCAUGUGUGACUGCGUGAAGAAGACAGGAGGAAAAGACGGGGACAUUUGGCUUAGAAACAUUUGAUUUGUACAUUAAAGAAGAGCAAAAAUCAGGUCUCUUUACAGACUUGUACGAUGGCAGCCAUCAACGUCUGUUUGCAGACGACGCCUUUCUUAACGUUUCAGAACCAAGUUUCCAAAAUGAGACAUAAAAUGUGUCUCAACCAACUCCACACCAGACACUUGUUUUUUUUGGCAACUGCAAGAAAGCAAAUUUAGUUUUUGUUUAAUAGUGGAGCUAUGUAUAUAGUGCAAAACAAAUCAGCAGGCACACAGUAUAAGAUGGGAGAUUUUACAAUGGCUAUGACUAAGAAGUAAACUAGAGAACUAUUGUUGGGCUUCCAAUGAGCAUCAAAAAUAAAAUGCUUCAUUCCUCACAUCUCCAAAAUCCCUUGUAUAAUGUUAUUGUAAUCUUAACAUGCUCUCUGGAAACCUAACAAUGAUCUCCUUCUUUUAUACAAAAAUAGACUCAGCUGCACUAUAUAAUUCAGCUGCACAUUGGGGUAUAUUGAAUAUACAGUAUAUUGCCAUUAGAGCAAAAAGAAAUUUCAGUCCGGAUGAUCCCUUGUGCAUGCUCAGGUCUCGCCACUUCAUCAGGUCGGUACAGUUACUUCAUUUACAUAAAAUAGCAGGAAAGUCUACAAAUACACCAAAAUAAUAAUAAAGAGAAAUCACUACCAUGAUUCACACAGUGCUCAGUGGUAAACAGACAGGUACUGAUCUGAUUCAGUUAAUAAAAUAGAACUAAAAGGAAAGUGUGAUCAAAGUCACUUUUGUUUUUUAUCAUGUUCGCUAUUUUUCUUAUUCCUUCGUCCUUUUAGUCGAAUGUUUAUUUUUGCAAGACAAUAUGGAAAUUGUGUCAAGCUCAGUGUGCUGAUAUGAAAUGGUGAACAGAUUUUUUCUUAUGUAAAACUUAACAGUCUGAUAAAACAAUCUGGUUUGAAAGGUGCCCUGUGUAAUUUUCUUGUAAUAA